UAAACGCGGUCUAAUUAAUCACUAUGUCCAAAGGUACCAGUUCCUUCGGUAAGCGUCACACCAAGACCCAUACUCUCUGCAGACGUUGCGGUAACCGUGCUUUCCACAAGCAAAAGAAGACUUGUGCUCAAUGUGGCUACCCUGCUGCCAAGAUCAGAUCUUUCAACUGGUCCGAAAAGGGUCAACGUAGAAAGACCACCGGUACCGGUCGUAUGUCUCACUUGAAGGAUGUCCAACGUCGUUUCAAGAACGGUUUCCGUGAGGGUACUCAAGCCAAGAAGGUUGUCUCUGCCUCUGCUUAAAUUUUGUCCCUUUAAACGUGUCCUGAUCGAAAACAUUUAAAAAAAAAAACUUGACCCGUUCCUUUUCCUUUGAAUAAAAAUUUAAGGCAUGGAAAAAGAGUAAAGUUCUCUUUUUUUUUUACUUCCUUCGAAACCAGAAA